AUGAGUUUGAUUAAUUUGUCGCUAGAUGAAAUUAUUGCGCGUCAAAGAGGAGCAAACAAGAAACCAAAUAGUUCCAGCAGUCGUUCCCGUAACAGCAGAAAGAAAAGGAGUUUUGUUUCGGAAUAUCCCAUUACCCAUUCAUCAUUCACGAGACCGGAGGAUGUACCGUCGGGUAAAUGGGAUCAUAGUGGAUUUGAGGAGAUGUAUGGAAAUAGAUCUGAUGAUUUAUCUCCACAUCCAGGAGUACAACGAGGUGCACGAUUCAACCGUGUUGAUUUAACAAAAAAAGUGCGACUUCACAUCACAAAUCUGGCGCCAACAGUUAAUUCAGCCGACCUUGACGAACUUUUCGAGAAAUAUUCGGUUAUCUCAGUCAAUGUUAAUUACGAUGAAAUGGGAGCAUCGGUAGGUACAGCUGAUGUAGUGACUGAUCGAGUUAGUGCUACGGAAAUUGUCGCCAACUUAAAUGGUGUUGCACUUGAUGGUAAGGUAAUGUCCUUUCAUAUGAUUGAUGACCAGACUGUCCCGGCCAGCCGUCAUCUUCGUAUUAAGAAUCGUUUGGGUCCUCGAGAACGCUCAUGGAAUAUAACUAAAAAGCAAAACCUUCCGUCGAAACGUAAGCACGCAGCGGUCAGCAUUCGUCAUAAGAUUGGUACAAAACGUUGGCAAAUGACGGACGAAGAACUGGAUCGAGAGCUCGAAGAAUAUAUGAAUAAGCGUAACUAUCAUAAGCAAGAUGAGCAGAAAAUGGAGAUUUGA